AUGCAUACAAAAAUAAUUUUAACGGUAAACAGUUUUGAGGAGGGUGGAGAUGGGGUGACCCAUCAGAAUGCGAUAAUAAAUAAGUACCAUGAAGAUGACACACCUGUGGUGGCAUUGUCAACGGGAUGCUUCAGCAACAAGAAGAUGUGCCACCAUCGUAUCACCAUUAAUGGAAAUGGAAGAAGCGUGAAGGCGUUGAUGGUCAAUCAUUGUGACUCUACUAUGGGAUGUGAUGAUGAACAUGAUUACCAGCCACCUUGCCCAGAUAAUAUUGUUGAUGCCUUAAAAGGCGUUUGGAAAGUAUAA